AUGACGAUAAACUACAAUCUAGCCGUCUCCACCUCGAAACCGUGGACCCUAUUUAAGCUUCUCCUGAAAUGGCGAGGGUCGAUUUGGAAGAGCGUUAUAGUGGAAUUAAUUGUUUGGUGGAUACUGUACGCGAUUGUCAGCAUCAUCUACCGAAGUGCCCUUAACCCGAGGCAACAACAAACCUUCGAAAAAGUCGUCCAAUACUUUGACAAUCGAUUAUCCUACAUCCCGCUCAACUUCAUGCUCGGCUUCUUUGUGACGGUGGUGGUGAAUCGGUGGACGUAUCUCUACCAGAUUAUCGGCUUUAUUGAUAAUGUCGGCCUAAUGACGGCUGAAUAUGUGCGCGGCAGGGGUGAGAUGAGCCGGAUGUAUAGAAGAAAUAUUUUGCGGUACUGCGAGUUGGCGCAGGUGCUCGUCUUCCGAGAUAUUAGCAUGCGAACGCGGCGUCGAUUUCCAACGCUAGAUACGGUAGUGGCAGCAGGUUUUAUGUUGCCGCACGAAAAGGAGAAAUUCGACGAGAUCCAGUACCGGUAUUCGAAAUAUUGGCUUCCGUUUCAAUGGGCAUUAGCCUUGACUUAUGAUGCGAGAAAGAAGGGGCUAAUUGAGAGCGACUACUAUCAAGUUUGCGUCACGAAUGAAAUCAAAACCUUCCGAACGGGUCUCGCCUGGAUUUGCAACUACGACUGGGUCCCAAUUCCGAUAAUGUACCCACAGCUCGUCUGUCUCGCCGUCCAUACGUAUUUCCUCGUAUGCGUGCUCUCGCGUCAGUAUAUCAUCUCCGAACAUGCCACGAAUAAAACUGAGCUCGAUCUCUACUUUCCGAUCAUGUCCAGUCUGCAAUUUAUUUUUUAUAUGGGCUGGAUGAAGGUGGCGGAGGCGAUGCUGAACCCGUUCGGCGAGGACGACGACGACUUCGAGACAAACGCCCUCAUCGACCGUAAUAUUACCAUGGGACUGAUGAUCGUGGAUCAGGGCUACAAUAGGCCACCUGAGAUUCGCCGGGAUCCAUUCUGGGAUGAGGAAUUCGAGCCGUUGUAUUCCGAAGAGACGGCGAAAAUUCCUCAGCCAAGCCUUCGUGGAUCGGCUAGUCAAAUUAGACUGCCCGACCAUGUGCAAGAGAUCCGGAUGGUGCCGCUGGCAGAUGAUAAGGAUCCGGAAUCGCCGACGUUACGUCGACGGGUCAGCGUGGUGCCGGUCAAACGAGAUGAAACACGCGCCAGCAGACGUUCUUCCCUAUCGGCCACUGAAGUGUUCGGAAAUAUCAAGCGAAAAGUGGAGAGGUCGUUCAGCAAAAGCAAGCUGACGGAAGAUGGGGGAACG